UUGAGUGAGCGCUCAGAAUACAAGUCAGAAGUCAAAAGCCAACUCCCGCAACCUCUAAAGGUCGUUCAAGGACGGAGCAAGCGCAGAGGAAAGAUGUUCUUCCACAUAGUACUGGAGCGGAACAUGCAGCUACACCCGCGCCACUUCGGUCGUAACCUCCGCGAGAACCUCGUCUCCAAGCUCAUGAAAGAUGUCGAGGGUACGUGCAGCGGUCGACAUGGGUUUGUGGUGGCAAUAACCGGUAUAGAGAAUGUUGGGAAAGGGUUGAUUCGUGAUGGGACAGGGUUUGUGACAUUUCCAGUGAAGUACCAAUGUGUUGUAUUCAGACCAUUUAAGGGAGAGAUUUUAGAAGCUGUUGUUACCAUGGUGAACAAGAUGGGAUUUUUCGCUGAAGCUGGGCCUGUUCAAAUUUUUGUUUCAAACCAUUUGAUACCGGAUGAUAUGGAAUUCCAAUCUGGAGAUAUGCCAAAUUAUACAACUUCAGAUGGAUCAGUCAAGAUACAGAAGGAUAGUGAAGUACGCCUGAAAAUAAUUGGGACUCGAGUUGAUGCUACAGAAAUUUUCUGCAUUGGUACCAUAAAAGAUGAUUUCUUGGGUGUGAUAAAUGAUCCGGCAGCUGCAUAGCGAAGUUGCUAAUGACGUUUCUGGUGUGGAGGACGCUUUUUCCAUACCAGCUUGCAAAUAUAAUUUUUCUUCAUGCUAAUACACUCCUAGGAUGAUGCUAUGAAUAUUUGAACUGAUUACUCUAUAUUGGACCAAUUAUAUGGUACUAUCUUUCUUAAUUUGUUUUAUUUCAUACAUUGUAUCCCGUUUUGAGGUGAUUGUUGGGGCUCCAUAUCCCUCCAGAUGCAUUUAUCUUCCGGUUAGUAAUGAAAUUAUCUUGACUUGAAGAGAA